AAUAGAUUUUUAAAUUAAAAGAUUGAAUAUUGUUUGAAUUAUGAAUUGCUUGAGGAACACUUUUUUCCAACUUAUUAUGUACUUAUUUUAUUCUGCAAAUGGUGCUAUUCAUAGUAUAAAAUUGCAGGAUGAAAGUCGUACUCAUUUCCCACUGAGCACAUUUGGAUUUUAUGAAGGAGGAAGAAUGAUUAUUGACAUAAAGAAGUUUGCGAUUUCUGAGUUAGAUCUACAAAACAAUAAACUUGGCUUAUCUCUUCAAAGAACAACAAAUGAUGGUGUUUCUUCAUAUAUGGAUAAAAUUUCAAAAACGUGUAUACUGGAAAAGAAAGAAUCGGAUAUAGACAUGAAAUUUGUUCUUUUUGUUUUUGACUUGGUUCAUGAUAGAAUCAUUAUUAAAAAACCUGGAAAAGAUUUUAACUUCAAUUUAAUUCAAAUUACAAAUGGUACAAAUAAAAAAGAUUCAUGGAGCUUUAAUCAGUUCAGCUUACCUUAUACUGCUAUUACAUCAACAAGAAAGUCAAGUAAAUGUGAAAACUCUACAAGCGCUGAAAAUAUUUUGUUUAAACGUACUCGAGAUAAAAAUAAAUUUUCAUUUUCUGGGCAGUUUACCGUUAAAAUUAACUGUUCAGAACAAGCUGGUUUAUAUAAUUUAUACUUUCAUAAUUGUCUUACAACUUCUAGCAAACCAUUUGCAGUUGACAUGGAGGUUCACAUGAUUGAAUAUAAUGUUGGAACAUUUCUUGCAGCAGGAGAGAUUCCCUUGCCUAUAAUGUUUGGUUUUAUGAGUUUUUUGUUUUUUGUAGCAGCAAUAAUAUGGAGCAUUUAUUUAAGAACAUUUAGAAAAUGGACUUUUAAAAUCCAUUGGUUAAUGGCAAUCGUUGUAUAUCUUAAAGGAGUUGCUGUGGCUUUUCAUGCUAUAAAUUUCUUCAAAACUGGAAAAGAAGGAUUUCAUGUUCAAACUUGGGCUAUACUAUACUAUAUUAUUCAUUUGUUGAAAGGAGCUUUAAUGUUUACCACAAUUGUUUUGAUUGGCACUGGAUACUUUUUUAUAAAACAUGUUCUUUCAAGUAAAGAAAAGAAGCUUUUUGUUAUAAUUAUACCGCUGCAGGUAAUUACAAAUGUUGCUCAGAUUAUUAUUGAUUCUUCUGAAGAAGGAAAUGCAUCAUAUCAAAACUGGUCAAGAAUUACAAUCUUUGUUGAUCUGGUUUGUUGUGGAGCUAUAUUACUUCCAGUUGUGUGGUCUAUAAGACAUCUGACAGAGGCAGCUAAAACUGAUGGCAAAGCUGCAAUCAGUCUUCAAAAGUUAAAGCUGUUUCGACAUUUUUAUGUUAUGAUUGUUUGCUAUAUUUAUUUCACGCGUAUUAUUGUUUAUUUGAUAAAGAUAACAGUUCCUUAUCAGUAUACAUGGUUAGAUGAGUUCUUCACAGAAAUGGGAACUUUCCUUUUUUAUGUUAUGACUGGUUACAAGUUUCGACCAGCCAACAAUAAUCCUUAUUUAAACGUUCCUCAAGAUGAACCUGACUACACGGAAAUGAAUGAAAUUUCGCCGCAUUCCGCAUUCAGUGAAAAUUUAAUGAGAGUCAAUAAAGGCAGCAACUCCACUGUUUAGAAAUUAAUAAAAUUAUUCUGUUCAAGAA